AUGGACACUGAAUCGAUUCCAAACCCGCAACCCGUUGCCAAGAACUCCAGAUGUCUUUGGGAGCAUGCCCUGAAUGAAGUCGAUGAAGACGUGAAAAAGACUUUCGCAGUCACAAAAACAAACAAAAAAGACAUUUUACCGGCAAUUUUGAGGGUUGUUGCAGAAAAAAGAGAUCAGUCCCUUUGGAAAUUCUGGCGAUAUGAAACCGGCGCAUCCGGCGUGCUCAUAGUGCGCGACCUAUUGGAGAAAAUCAUCCGCUGGAUAGGCGUCAUCCAGGACAGCAAUGUGGCCAUCCGGGAGGAAAAUCGGAAUUCCUGGAACUUAUUCUGGUCUCCUGUCUGGUUCUUGCUUCGAUCCCCAGUUCAAGAUGUUCAGGCCUUCGGAAAGAUGGUCAUGGACUUUGAGUAUGUUACUUGUCAAUUCGCAGAGAUUGAAGCCUUGGAAAUGGACAAGGCCGCACCUCAAGCUCACGAAACUCUUGUUGGCUUUUACGACGGAAUACUGCACCUAUUUGCGUACUACGUACAAAUUUCCACCAACAUGUCGGUUAUCGAUCCUCCCGAAUCUGCUGAGACUUGGAAAGCGGUGGUUCAAUCCAGGGUUUCUGAUAUAAGAGGCUGCUUGGAAUUGGAUGCCGGCCAAGGUAUCCAUUCUGCAUAUCACAGGACUUGGGAAACUGGGACUGUACACAGAAUUGCAGUCGCUCGUGGCCUUCACGAAGAAUUGCAAAGCUGGGUCAUCGGUAAAUCCAUGGGUGAGAAGACACAAGAGUUGUGGGCAACAACGGACGAGGACGUUCCAAAGCAGGAUUUCGUCCGCAACGCAUGCAGCCCAUGGUGGAAGCCAAGCUGCUCUUCUCUCCUGUCAGUUUCAGGUUCCGAGUUUACAAGUCACGAGGCCUGUCGAGAAGCCCUGAGAUAUACAUCGUCUGCUUCCAACAGCUCAGAGAUGCCUAUGAACACCGUCUGUGUCAACUGCUCCGGAUGCGAUUCCGCUGACGAGAUAUUGAGGCAUGUCGUAGCAGAGCUCACACUCAACAAAGGAGACACGAGCACUGUUUGGGAUGCACUCUUAUCGGAGUAUCAAUUGAGGCAAGCAGUGGCGAAGAAUACUGGAGAAAGAGUAGCCCGGCUUACUUCUCAAGAUUGCAUGUCCAUAAUCUUGGAUGUGGCAGCUGCGAAUCCUAUCGUGGUACUCCUCGACAAAGUCUCAGCGCAGGAAGCGGCAGCGCUCACUCCAAUCCUAAGGCUAGCAAUCGACAAUUCCGACAACAUCUUGAAGGUCCUCCUGGCCUCCACAGAAGGACUGCCCGAGGGAUUAGAUAUCGAUAUUGGAGACUCCAAGUAUCAGAAUCAGUCCAGGAAGUUCGACAUCCGCCACGCCCGUCGCCAUGAGUUCACUGAGCAUCCACCACCAGAUCAGCCCAACCUCGGUGACGACCUCUCGGCCACACCAGACCCUGAAACACACCGCGCUGCCGUCAUCCAAGCCAUCAGAGACGGAGACCUCCCAGCCUUAUCCCCCUACCUCCACCACGUCGACGCCUCAUCUCCAUCCUCCAACACGCAGCCACCCCUCAUCCUCUCCCUCCUCCCCCUCCCCCUCGCCCUCUCGACCGCCGUCUUCCACAACCGCCCCCACAUCCUCGCGCCCCUCCUCGCCCUGAAACAACACCAGCCACACUCCCUCGCCCGCCCCCUCCGCAUCGCAGCCACAACCAACCGCCUCCAAUGCGCGCGCCUGCUCCUGACGCACGGCGCCGACCCGAACGGCAGCAUCGCCCCUUCCCCCCAACCGCCCCGUUCCAAACCCCGCUCACCCCCCGCCGCCCCACCUCCCCUCCGCCUCGCCGCCUCCCGCAACCACGUCCGCCUAAUCCACCUCCUCCUCGCGCACGGCGCCGACGCCGACAUCCACCCCGCUCCAGAUACCUCCCGCCUCGCCGCCGCCCCGGAAACCGCCAUGCGCGUCGAGACGGCCCAAACGCCGCUCGUCGCGGCUGCGCUAAACGGGCAUGCGGAUGCCGUGGCGGCGCUGCUGCUGGGUGGGGGUGCGAGCACGGGGGCCGACCACGCGCUGCGUGUGGCGGGGGCGCUGGGGGAUGCGGGGGUGGAGGGGGCAGAGGAGGUGCUGCGGGUAGUAAGGGAGUGGCGGCAAGGCGAGGGGAAGGGGAGGGGGAUCGUGUGGCGGAAGCCGCCGGUGAGGUUUCGUCGGAGGCCGGGGCCGCCGGAACGAAAGACGGGGUUUAGGUCGUUGUUGAGGGAGGCGGAGGCGGAGGCGGAGGGGCAGCGGCGGGGGGAGCAGGAGGAGGAGGUGGUGGAGGAGAAGAAGAAGGAGGGUGAGUCUGGACGUGAUGAGGGGGAGGAGGAGGUGGUGGUGGAGCGCUUGGCAGAGAUGGUGCGGGAGGGCGAUUUGACAGAGGUGGAGAGGUUGGGAAGGGUCACGAUUUAUCAUGCGAGCAAGGGAUUGAGGGAGUGGGGCGGCCAUUGGCACGUCUUGGUUAUGGUUGCGGCGGUGGGGAAUGCGGAGGGGGUGGGGGCGCUGAUGGCGCGGAGGGAGGAGUUUGAAAUCGAUGAUAAAGACGUGGGAUGCGCCCUAAAGGAGGCGGCCAAGGGCGGGCAUCUGCAGGUUGUUCGUUUGCUCUGUGAGAGCGGCGUGAGGCUUGUGCCGAAAGACCGUUGUAGGGCGCUUGAGCACGCGGUGCGGAAUGGCGAUGAGAAGGUUGUGGAGUGCUUGCUUGAGCACGACGUCUCGUUAGCGAAGACAAGAGAGGAUUUUGAGAGCCUCUUCAAAUGUGUCCACGAGCCCACCGCCUUCCUGGUGCAUAAGGCACUGGAUAUGGUUAGAGCUCGGUACGCGGAGGACGCGCUCACAAAGAUCCUAUCAGGAGCCCUUCGUAUGGCAGCCAGACACGGAGACUUUGAGGUCACGAAGAUUCUAUUAGAAUCGGAUGUCCCUUUUGAAAGAGAAGGCGUCAUCAAAGCGUUCAGGACGCUCACCUGGGGUGGACACAGCACGGCCCCUGCCGCCAUUGCACUGAUUUCCAGCAAGCAUGGCGAGAUGUUCAACUCUACGACCUUACAAAACGGUCUCCGCAACGCAGCUGGUCGCGGACUCAUCAGCCUUGCGCGAGCUAUUCUCGCUCACUCACAGGUUGGCGAAGUUGAUAGCUGCCUGGUCGAGUGCGUGGUGAUUGCUGCCAUCAGUGGUCAUCUCGAUACGACGAAGUUUCUCCUCAAAACGUUGGAAGACGGCAAAAAGCGUGUGUCGGCCCUUAAGCAAGCUUUGGUAGCAGCUGCAUACCAUGGCCGCCCCGAUUUCGUCGAUUUCCUCUUGGAAGAAGGGGCAAAUAUCCACGAUGUGGGUCCAGUGCCCCGGUCCAGACGCAUCAGACAGCCGACAAAUUCGCUCAUGGAUAACAUCGACCACCGCGAGCGGGUAAUGGAAAGGAUCCGAGCUAUUGAUGGGGAUAAUUCUCCAGACUCGCCUCCAUGGCACAGCCCACUUGACUACAGCGCCGACACCAGAGGCAGUCAAGAGAUCACACCAAUCCACGCAGCAGUCCGCAACGGUCAACUGAGCAUAAUCCAGCUCCUACUAGCCCGCGGUGCAGACCUCCAGACAGCAGCGCAAACGGACCCAUCGAUCCUAACCGACAUAGCCAGUAGGGAGCUAGACAGCCACUCCAUCUGGCUCGCCUUCGCCUCCGCCGGCAGCAGCAACGACCUGCUCCUUCCUAUGAUCCCCACCGCCCUCUCCUUCUUCACCGGCUCCAUCAACCCCAACAACUACGCCGACACCACCACCGACCCCGACGGCCGCUUCCGCCUCGCCACCUCGACCCUCUCCACCGCCCUCACCACCGGCCCCGGCGCCAUGCUCCACACCUUCCUCGAAACCACCCCCUCCGCCCGCGCCGACUCGGACCCGCGCUACGCCCUCCUCCUCCAAAUGGCCGCCGCGGCCGGCUCGCCCCACAACGACGCCCUCAUCUCCCUCCUCCUCUCCCGCGGCCUCGACCCUAACGCCACCGGCCCCGGCACCGGGUACUACUACGGCACCGCCCUCCAAGCGGCCUCCCGCUUCGGCCACCUCACGACCGCGUCCCUCCUCCUCGCCCACGGCGCCGACCCGCGUCUCGUCGCGGGCCGCCACCGCACCGCUCUCCACGCCGCCAGCGCCGGCGGCCACGUCGACGUCGUCCGGCUGCUCCUCGCCGCGCACGGCGCCGCAGACGGCGACUGCCCCGGCGGCGAACCCAGCGCGCUCAGCAUCGCCGUUUCGCACGGCCACGCCGACGUCGUCGGCCUGCUGCUCGCGGCGCUGCCAGCGGCCGAGGAGGCGGCGGCGGUCGUCAACGCCGUCGACAGCGUGCCGGAUCCGCGACUAUCCCGGCCGGACGACGACGACGACGACGACGGCAGCAGCGGCGACGACGCGUUGCCGCCUGAGGCGCGGGCGAGCGCGCUGCAUAUGGCGUGCGCGACGGGGCGGGCGGAUAUCGUGAGGAUGCUGUUGGGGGCUGGCGCGGACGCGGAGAUGGUGGUUGGCAAGUGCUGUCGGACGCCACUCAUGUUGGCGGCGGUGCGGGGGCAUGUCGGUGUUGUGCGGGCGCUGCUGGAGGCCGGGGUUGGGGCGGUGGAUGUGGAUCGGGGGUUUGUCGUGGGGGAUGCGAAGGCCCCGUGGGGGUGGGACAGGGCGCAGGGGCAGACGGCGGUGUGUAUGGCGGCGGUGGCCGGGCAUGCGGAGGUCGUCGAGGUGUUGGUGAAGGAGGGGGGAGCGCGGAAGUUGCAUGUCGAGGGGACGGCGCUGAAUCCGUUGCCUGAAGCGUGUAGGCUCGGACAUUUGGGCGUUGUGGAGGUGUUGACGGAGGCGGUUUGGGGGACGGAGGUGCAGGAGGUGGCGUGCGGGGAGGCGAUGAUGGCGGUAGCGGAGGCGAGGAGGCGUGGUACAGAGGUGUUUGAGCUGCUGCUGGAGUACGUGGCUGCGGAUGUGGAGACGCUGCGCGCUGCUGUCGUGGCGGGGCUGGAUGCCGUGGUGCGGCUGUUGCUGGAGAGAGGAGUGGAUGCCAAUGCGGUUAACGGGGCUGGCAACACGGCGCUGCUUGAGGCUGCGUAUCACUUGCAGCCGAAGGUUCUCAGGGUGCUACUGGAAUGCGGCGCUGGCAUCACCGUAAGAUCGACGACGUACGGCGGACCAGUACUCGCGGCUCUGCAUGGGUGCUUUCAACAUCGGGUAGUUCAUAGCGUCAGCGGCGGGGGAGGAUACAGGGAGGAUUUCAGCCGCAUGCCACUUUGUGAGGAUGUCAUCCUCGCGCUAGUUGACGGUGGCGCAGAUUUGAACGACCAGGACCCUCCUCUCUGGGACGGCGGAAGAGACUUCGGGAGUGCCCUCAGUCUGGCGGCAUACAUGGGCAGCCAGGUCAUCGUCGACUUGCUUCUGGCCAACGGCGCUGACAUCAACCACCGCGGCGGCUGCUUUGACUCGCCUCUCUUCGCUGCUGUCCGGAACGAGCGGGUCGAAAUUGCUCAACGCCUGCUUGAAGGAGGUGUACACUGCAACCUGAUGUCCGAAGAUUUGGGCACGCCGCUGCAUUACGCGUGUCGCAACACGCAUCAGCCUCUCGUCCGGCUCUUGCUUCGCCAUGGCGCGGAUCCUAACGUACAGGACCUCAAGGGAGUGACGCCGCUUACGUGUAUCCUCGAAAAAGGCGGGACCGGGCCACCUAACGACUGCUUCUGGGUGUUUUUGGAAGAAGCCAAAGGACUCCGGACUACCCAGGAUGAUCUGUUCGCAGCUGUACGCCAGGAAAUAGCACUGCCUCAUCUCCUUCUGAUUGAUCAGAAGAUCAAAGUAUCAGAGAGAGUCAUCUGUGAGUUCCUGAAAUUCGAUCUUUCCCAAGAUUCGGCCAGAAUCCGGGGAGUCCUGAGCCGCGCAGAUGGCGGCAUUGGUGCUACCGCUGAAAUGGUGAAGAACGCCCGGACGGCCCCGGCCUUGGACAUCCUCCUUCAGGAGCUUUCUCCGGUCUGUACCAUCACUACAGAGCUACUGGAAAGCAUGGACAACCUCGAAAAAAUUGACGUACUACUGUGGUACGAUGAGCAUGUCGUCCCAACCGAGCGCGUGGUGUUGAACGCUCUGGAUCAUUUGGACAGCCACUGGGACUUGAGCAACCCGAAGAACCAUUGGCCCAUCCUUCAACUCAUUUGGGAGAGGAAUCCGUCCAUCAUAGUGUCCGAGGAGAUGCUUCUGUUGGCAAAACAUCCCAACGACAUGGACUUCCUGAUGUCACGCGCAUCGCCCCAUCUGACCGUCACUGACGCUGUCUUCCGCGCCGCUAUUCGACGGCCCGUGACACCCGCCAUGUUCCGUGCGUUGUUCUGUCAUCGAAGAGAUCUGCGCAUCACCGAGAGCGUUGCUUGCGAGGCUGUGCGCAGAGACAACAGCGCCAAGGUCUGGGAGGUGCUGCUUGAAUAUCAACCGGAAUUGGAGGUGACGGCAGAAUUGCUCGGUGAUACAGAGUUGACGGUGGAGUGGGUUGAGCUGAUGAAGAAAUAUGGCAAGACGGUCGUCUUUACCGACUCGAUGCGUGACUCCAUCGAGCAGAGGUUGCGGAGUCCAAGCCAGGCAACACUGAGGCAAAUGAUAUAUUCAUUGAAAAGGCGAUCCUAG